UCGGAAGUCUUUUUUUCUUUCAAUCAAUAAAAUGUUUUCGUUUCAUUUCCGAAGCCUUUGUAAAUAACUGUUUGUAACUGUAAGUUGAAGAAAAAAUUAUUUCAAGAAAAGGUUUAAUGUCAAAUCGUUCCAGAAAAAUUGUAAUCUCGAUCCCGGUUUAAAGAUGCACGGUGUGCCAAUCAUAGGGCACCUAGUAGGAGUUACCGGAAAACAUAUGGUCCAAUAACAACUCAAUGUUACCCAAGCAACGCCACUUCUUGACCAAUCGGAAGCAAGCAUGUAUUACCCCCGCCUCCUCGCUCUCUCCAGGCGAUGGGAGUCACCAAAUACUUUGAGCAGUUUGUUUUUCUUGUGAUCGAGGAACCUCAACAGAAGCUCACAUGGUUGCCAUCUGUGGAAAAGAUAAAGUCUUUGCUAGUACCAUCGAUAUUAUUAACACCAUGUAAAAUAACGUUAUGGACCUGAGGAGGAGCCCAUGAUGGGACACCACAGCGGUCCUCCUUCUCCACGAUGAGCCACCGAGGCAGCCCGGUCCGAGCCUACGACUUCCUGCUCAAGUUCCUGCUGGUGGGCGACAGUGAUGUGGGCAAGGCCGAGAUCGUGGCGAGCCUGCAGGACGGAGCCAGCGAGUCACCGUAUGGACACAACAUGGGCAUCGACUACAAGACCACCACCAUCCUUCUGAACGGCAGGAGAGUCAAACUCCAGCUGUGGGACGCAUCCGGUCAGGGACGCUUCUGCACCAUCUUCAGAUCUUAUUCCAGAGGAGCUCAGGGCGUCAUCCUGGUGUACGACAUCACCAACCGCUGGUCCUUUGAUGGCAUCGAGCGCUGGAUCAAAGAGAUCGAGGAGCAUGCGCCAGGGGUUCCUAAAAUCCUGGUCGGGAACCGCCUCCACCUUGCCUACAAACGUCAGGUGACCACGGAGCAGGCGCGAGUAUACGCCGAAAAGCUGGACAUCACCUUCUUUGAGGUCAGCCCGCUGUGCAACUUCAACGUCACCGAGUCGUUCACCGAGCUGGCACGCAUCGUCCUCAUGAGACACGGCACGGAGCGCCUGUGGAGGCCCAACAAAGUGUUGAGUCUUCAGGAUCUCUGCUGUCGCGCCAUCGUCUCCUGCACCCCCGUCCACCUGGUGGAUAAGCUCCCGUUGCCGCUGGCUCUCAAGUGUCACCUCAAGUCGUUCUCCAUGGCCAACGGCCUCAACGCCCGCAUGAUGCACGGGCGCUCCUACGCCGUCGCCACCACCCCCUCCGCACUCCGCCACGGCCCGGCCAAAAGAUCCGGAGGAACGCUGCUGAAAAAGCCUAAACACGUCCAUCCGCCGCCUCUCAGCCCGUCCGCACAGAGCUGCAGAAACGGCUGUAAGAUCUCCUAACAUCUGGACGGCGUGUGACGGCGCGCUCAACAACCGCCUGAACAGCAACACGCGGGUCAGGAAGUACACCAUGUAAAUACUGACGUGUGUAUUACGUCUUGGCAGGGUGUGUACAUCCUCCUCAUUUAUACUACACAAACAAAGACACACACAGUAUGUUUACACGCCAAUGCAGUAUUUUUGCACACAAAUAGGACACAAAAACAUGCUAUGAUGGCACCCAGCUUAUUGUGUUUAAAUUGUGAUGAAACUUGUUUUGUGUACUCGGUUUUACAUGUUGUAAAUAAAAGUGGAAUUUGUUGUUGUUACCUGUGUUGUGAUGAAGUGGAUGUGAUGUAAAGCCACGCUGAUCCGGCAGGUGGCGGCAGUGAGAGUGAGGCAUGACGCCUUGAUCAUGACAGUUGUCACUACGCAAUCCGUUCUACGCAUGCAUU